CACACCAGUGGUGACAGUGGAGAGUUGGAAAGACGCAGGAGAGAAAGAGGCAGCGGGGAGGGAGCAAUGGGAGCGGGAAGCAGGCAGGUUUCCCGGCGAAUCCCCCUCCAGCCCCGCAUCGCCUCGCCAGCCCCGGUAGGGGACCGAGAAGCCGGGCGAGCAGAUGGAGGAGUAGAGCUCGCUCUAGGCAGCGGGCUUGGCCGGAGAAUGGAGGAGCCGCCAAGCGACCGGCUGAUUGGAAGAGAAACGCAGAGCGAUGGAGGCGGGGGUAGGAGGACGAUUUCUCUGCGGGGACUGGCGGCGGCGUACACGCCCGGGUCGGGCGCUGCAGAGCUUGGCUGGCUUUCAACCCGCGCUUGCCGGCUCCAGCCCCGCGCGCCCCUACCCCCAGCCCUCCCGGCGGCUCCGCAGGGUGAGGUGGCCUGGACCCAGGGGUGGCCGGCCAGCACAACCCAGGAGGUGGCUGGACGGCUAGAGAAUGAACGGAGAAGCUGACUGUCCCACAGAUUUGGAGAUGGCCGCCCCCAAAGGGCAAGACCGCUGGUCCCAGGAAGACAUGCUGACUUUACUGGAAUGCAUGAAGAACAAUCUUCCCUCAAACGACAGCUCCAAGUUCAAGACCACUGAAUCACAUAUGGACUGGGAAAAAGUAGCAUUUAAGGACUUUUCUGGAGACAUGUGCAAGCUUAAGUGGGUGGAGAUUUCUAAUGAGGUGAGGAAGUUUCGUACAUUGACAGAGUUGAUCCUUGAUGCUCAAGAACAUGUUAAAAACCCUUAUAAGGGCAAAAAACUCAAGAAACAUCCAGACUUCCCAAAGAAGCCCCUGACCCCUUAUUUCCGCUUCUUUAUGGAGAAGCGGGCCAAGUAUGCAAAACUCCACCCUGAGAUGAGCAACCUGGACCUGACCAAGAUUCUCUCCAAGAAAUAUAAGGAGCUGCCAGAGAAGAAGAAGAUGAAAUAUAUUCAGGACUUCCAGAGGGAGAAACAGGAGUUCGAGCGAAACCUGGCCCGGUUCAGGGAGGAUCACCCUGACUUAAUCCAGAAUGCCAAGAAGUCGGACAUCCCUGAAAAACCUAAAACCCCCCAGCAGCUGUGGUACACCCAUGAGAAGAAGGUGUUUCUCAAAGUGCGGCCAGAUGCCACUACGAAGGAGGUGAAGGAGGCCCUGGGGAAGCAGUGGUCUCAGCUCUCGGACAAAAAGAGGCUGAAAUGGAUUCAUAAGGCCCUGGAGCAGCGGAAGGAGUACGAGGAAAUCAUGCGUGACUACAUCCAGAAGCAUCCUGAGCUGAACAUCAGUGAGGAGGGCAUCACCAAGUCCACCCUCACCAAGGCUGAACGCCAGCUUAAGGACAAGUUUGAUGGACGACCCACUAAGCCACCUCCGAACAGCUACUCACUGUAUUGCGCUGAGCUGAUGGCCAGCAUGAAGGAUGUGCCCAACACAGAGCGCAUGAUGCUGUGUAGUCAGCAGUGGAAGCUGCUGUCCCAGAAGGAGAAGGAUGCCUAUCAUAAGAAGUGUGACCAGAAAAAGAAAGACUACGAGGUGGAACUGCUCCGUUUCCUAGAGAGCCUGCCUGAGGAGGAACAGCAGCGGGUUCUGGAGGAGGAGAAGAUGGUGAACAUCAAGAAGCAAGCCAGCAGCCCAGCCUCCAAGAAGCCUUCUCAGGAAGGGGGCAAGGGAGGCUCCGAGAAGCCCAAGCGGCCUGUAUCAGCCAUGUUUAUCUUCUCUGAAGAAAAGCGGCGGCAGCUACAAGAGGAGCGGCCGGAGCUCUCAGAGAGCGAGCUGACCCGCCUGCUGGCCCGCAUGUGGAACGACUUGUCAGAGAAGAAGAAGGCCAAAUAUAAGGCCCGUGAAGCUGCCCUGAAAGCCCAGUCUGAGAGGAAGCCUGCUGGGGACCGUGAGGAACGAGGCAAGCUGCCAGAGUCGCCCAAGAGAGCUGAGGAGAUCUGGCAGCAGAGUGUCAUUGGUGACUACCUGGCUCGCUUUAAGAAUGAUAGGAUGAAAGCCUUGAAAGCCAUGGAGAUGACAUGGAACAACAUGGAGAAGAAGGAAAAGCUGAUGUGGAUUAAGAAAGCUGCCGAAGACCAAAAGCGAUAUGAGAGAGAGCUGAGUGAGAUGCGGGCACCCCCAGCUGCUGCAAACUCCUCCAAGAAGAUGAAGUUCCAGGGAGAGCCCAAGAAACCUCCCAUGAAUGGUUACCAGAAGUUCUCUCAGGAGCUACUGUCCAACGGAGAGCUGAACCACCUGCCGCUGAAGGAGCGCAUGGUGGAGAUCGGCAGCCGCUGGCAGCGCAUCUCCCAGAGCCAGAAGGAGCACUACAAAAAGCUGGCUGAGGAGCAACAGAAGCAAUACAAAGUGCACCUGGACCUCUGGGUCAAGAGUCUGUCCCCUCAAGACCGCACAGCAUAUAAAGAAUACAUCUCCAAUAAGCGUAAGAGCAUGACCAAGCUUCGAGGCCCGAACCCCAAGUCCAGCCGGACUACCUUGCAGUCAAAGUCGGAGUCUGAGGAGGAUGAGGAUGACGAUGAGGACGAUGACGAUGACGACGAAGAGGAGGAAGACGACGAGAAUGGGGACUCCUCUGAGGAUGGCGGGGACUCUUCUGAGUCCAGCAGCGAGGAUGAGAGCGAGGAUGGAGACGAGAACGAAGAGGACGAUGAGGAUGAUGAGGAUGACGAGGAUGAUGACGAGGAUGAGGACAAUGAGUCCGAGGGCAGCAGCUCCAGUUCCUCCUCCUCAGGGGACUCCUCGGACUCAGACUCCAACUAAGGCUCAGCCCCAUCAGGAGCUCCCCUCCCCAACUGAUCACCUUUGUUUUUUCCCCAGUCCUAGAUUCCCCCACUUCUCCUUUUUUUGCUCCCUCCCUCCCUCCCUCCCUCCCUCCCUCCUUCCUUCUUUCUUUCUUUUUUUUUUUUAAACAAACAAAAUACAGUGGGGAGGAGAGGCUGGAAGAGCCCAGGCCAGGACUGUGCAGCCUCAGAAGCUUCAGCCCCGGGGCUCCCUCCAGGGAAUGCAACCAUCAGACUGAGCCACCACUGUACCAGCCCGGCCCAUCCCUCUUCUGCACUUGCGAUUCCAGCAUGGACAAUGGGAGUGGGGUGGGGGGGUGGGGGCUCCCAAAGAGUUUAGUGAGGCCCUCUACACCUGCAGCCCAGCCCAAGGGAGGGUGGAAGCUAGGGGGGGAUACCCCUUCCCAAAGGGAUUUGCCCCCUGGAGCCCUACUAUGGAACUGGAGGCAGGGAAGGUGGAGAGGAGGGCAGGUGCCCAUGAGAAGUGUGCACUGCCCCACGGUCCUCUCCCCUGCCUGUUGCAGGAAGGAGCUGCCUGGACCCACUGGAGGCGUGGGGAGCAGAAGUGUUUUUUAUAUAUGUGUAUAUAUAUUUUUUUUUAAGCUCUGAGCUGUCAACGAGACGUUUCCUACCGAUCUCGGCUGCCAUCUCUGUUGUCAUUUCUGGGAGAGGGAGGGUUUAGGGGGGGUAGGUUUGGGACUUUUUUAAAGUGGUCUUGAUGCAUAUGGAAAUGUGUGAAUGUGUGCGUGUGUGCGUGUGUGUGGCCUGUACAUAGCAUGGGUGCACCUGUGGAUGUGUGCAAAGGCACAUGCGGAUGUGUAUGAGAGAAGGGGGAACCCACCUCAGUCUGGAUCUGGUCAAAGGGUUGGAGAGGCCAGGGAGACACCUGGGAGAACAGGCUGGGACAGCCCCUUCACAGCCUCUGCUUUUCCUAAUCUCUAAUUCCAUAUAUGGGAGGGGGGGAUAUGAUGCCACUCUGCUCCCUGACCCAACUUGCCUCUGCCAGGUCCAGGUGUAUCUGAGCUGCUGGACUCCAAUGUCCAGUAGAAUGGGGCAGGGAGGGAACAGACCCAAUGAACCUAAAAGCUCUUAAUCUGGUGGGUAAGGCCUCUCCUGCUUAUCUGAGGGGUUGCCUGGCCACCCUAGGCUCAGAAUCUGGGCUUCAGGAAAUAUGUUGGAAGCUCUUAACCUUACAUGUCUCUCCUCUCUCCUACCCUCCUGUCCCACCUGACCCACCCACCCCCUUUGAUUUCUCAGGUUGGCUCCCUUCCCCACCUCAAUCCCACAGUGGGUGUGAGGUCUACAAAAGCUAUUUCUGCAGCCAUUCUUCUAACUCUUCCUGGCCAUCCCCAAAUUUGUGGUAUCCCAGUUCCUAAAGUCUUUAAGAAGUCAAGCCACCUUGUUUCUGUGGAUUUAUUUUUUUUUAUUAAAUCUUGGCCUUUUAUUAUUAUUUUCUUACAAUCAUGUCAGUGACCUAUUUAAUUGGGACUUUGAGCUUUUUCACCCUCCCUCUGAAAGCCCAGGGAUAGGGGAAGAGUGUAAACUGCCAAGAAGGUAGGGUGGGAAAGAUGGAUCUUUGUUGCCCAAAAGAAGACAAGCAAUCUGUCUGCCUUGGACAUGGUGCUGGGGGUGAGGGGGGCCAGGGAGAGAUACUUUCCACUGCCCUUUCGUUCUGAUCAUAGAAUUAGGUACAGGGAUUCACAGGUUCUAGUUCUGCCUGAGAGUCCCCCCUCAGAAAACCCCAUUUCCCUGUUUGAAUGCCCCUGUGUUGUGUUUUGGUGAAAUGUGUUUUCAUUUUAAAGCAACUUUGAAUGGGGAACUCCCACCCCCCCCCCCAUUUUAAAAAUUAAGGUUCUUACAGUAUGAACAGGGCUGUGGGGGGGGUGAAGGUGUUGGUGCUGUAAGAGAUCAUUGAGUGCAUUUUGGCACUAGGAUGGGAUGGCUGGGGUAGGAGGACCCCAUUCCCAACCCCCCCCCUUUUUUUUUCCUAAUAUUUAAGGAGAGUUUUUGUAGUUUUCACCAACAACCACAACUUGAAUUUGUAUCAUGGGAGGUGGGAGGGAGUGGCUUAAAAGUGUGUGCCUAAGCUUAAGGCCAGCUGUGGAAGUUUGGUUUUCCCUUUUUUUGUACAAUAAAGUGAAAAAAAACAAA